AUGUGGUUCUGCACAUCGUGGCGGGGCCACCACUGCCCAGCCCUCCUCAUUCAGCCUCCCUCUGCACAGGUGACUCCCAGCCCCAUCUCAACAGAGCUGAUGGCCACCACUGACUUCUACCCCUGGGAGGACGAGUACUCGGGCCAGGCCGGCGUGUUGCCCGAGCUCUGUGAGAAGCAGGCAAUACAGGGCUUUGCCCGCACCUUCCAGCUUGCCGUGUACCUGCUGCUCACAGUGCUGGGCACAGUGGGGAACGGGCUGGUGCUGCUCACACACAUCCGCUACCGCCAGGCACACAGUGUCACGGAUGUCUGCCUCCUGCACCUCGCUCUGUCCGACCUCCUGCUGCUCCUGACGCUGUCCUUUGCUGACCUGCUGCAGAUCUGGCCCCCAGGCGCAGCCUCCUGCAAGGCGCUGCAGGGCAUCUACACCCUCAACUUCUACGGCGGCUUCCUCUUCCUCACCUGCAUCAGCGUGGAUCGCUAUGCGGCCGUCGUGCGGGUGCCGGCUGCCUGGCGCCUGCACCCCGGGGCUCGCCGCCAGGGCUGGCUGGUGGCCGGGCUGGCCUGGCUGCUGGCCGCGCUGCUAGCGCUGCCCCAGUUCAUCUACGGCCAGGCACAGCAGCACCAGGAUCUCCACCUCUGCCGCGUCGUCUUCCCCCGUGUGGUCUCACGGGCAGCCCGGGGGGCCCAUAACCUGGUGCAGGUGGUGCUUGGCUUCGCCGUGCCCUUCCUGGUGAUGGCGAGCUGCUACGCAGCCGUGGCACGGACGCUGCUGGCGGCCCGGAGCGCCCAGCCCCGCCGGACGCUGCGAGUGCUGCUGGCCCUCGUGCUGGUGUUUGUGGCCCUGCAGCUGCCCCACAGCCUGAUGGUGCUGCUGAACGCGGCCGAGCUGCUGGCCAGCUGGGAGAUGAGCUGCGCCCAGUCCCGCCUCAAGGACCUGGCGCUGGUGGUCACCGGCGGGCUGGCGGAUCUGCGCUGCUGCCUCAACCCCGUGCUCUACGCCUUCCUCGGCCAGCGCUUCCGCCGGGAGCUGUGGCUGCUCUUCAGCGGAGCCGGCUGUGUGGGCUCCCUCGAGCCGCGCUGCUCCGGCUGCCCCAGUCCCCGCAGGCGAACAUCGCUCUCCAGCUGCUUGGACGUGGAGUAG